AUGGUUCAGUGUUUCGCACCCGAAUGUAAUCACCAGUCUGAGAGUCAUUGCUGUCGCUUAUUUGCAUUCCCGAGCAAAGAAAAGAAAAAAUCUGAGUAUGAUCGAUGGAGAAGAUUAUUAAGGAGAGAAGAUCGAGAACCAAGCAAACACAGCCGUGUUUGCAGCUGCCAUUUCAGAAAUGGCGAGAGGGUAUUUGGGCCAGAGAUUUUUAAGCACAACGAAGGAAAACUUUUCCCUUCUAGCAGUAAACCGCCACCAAAGAAGAAGAAGAAAUUGGAAAAAAGUACAGAUGGCAAGGAAUUAGUCGACAUCGAAAAAAUGAGAGAAGCCUUGCAGAGCAAUGAAAGUGAAGAUCAAGAACGGGACGUACUCAACGAUUUAACUGCUUCGGAGAUAAUCCUUGAAGCAGAAGUAAAGCAGCUGAGAAAUGACCUUCAACAACAUGAAGAGAAGUCAAAAUAUUUUAGAGAAAAAUACUCAGUGUCUACGUUAAGUGACGAUGUAAUACGCAUGGAAACCGGUCUUCCAACUAAGCAAGUAUUUGAUGUAGUUGUACUUUAUACUUUAAGAUUCAAAGACUCAAUAAUAUAUUUUCAUGGCUGGAAGGUGGAAUCAAUAAGUUUUGAAGACCAGAUAUUCAUAACUUUAAUAAAGAUUAGACAGAAUUACACGAACCUUCAUAUAGCUCAGUUAUUUUCAUGCAGUGAAACUACUAUAUCUAAUAUUGUCAUUACAUUUAUUCAUCUCUUGCACGAGAUUUUGUUCACUUUUUUGAUGUCAACAGUACCUUCUAGGGAGAAAAAUAAGACUUGUUUGCCGUCAUCAUUUACACAGUUCAGUUCUUGUAAGAUCAUAAUAGAUUGCACAGACAUUGAAGUUGCAACCCCUGGCCUAAUGAGUCAUCAAAGUGCAACUUAUUCUUCAUACAGAGGUAUGAAUUCAUUUAAAGUACUCGUUGGUGUGGCACCUAAUGGGGUCAUAACAUAUGUUUCUAACCUUUACCCUGGAUCAACUUCAGAUAAGGCUAUAGUGGAAAUGUCUGGUUUUUUGAAACACCUUUAUCCAGGAGAUCUUGUUCUUGCUGACAAGGGCUUUUAAAUCCAAGAUAUAGUUCCGAGUGGUGUGUCUGUAAAUAUUCCCCCAUUCUUAAACAAUGGUAAAUUUACUGAAAAUGAAAUAAAAGUAACUAAGUCGAUUGCCAAAUGCAGAAUCCAUGUAGAGAGGGCUAACGCCAGGUUAAAGGAUUUUAAGAUUUUAAGUUUUAUUCCCUCUUACCUAAGAUGCUAUUCUCAAAAAAUUUUUCAGCUUUGUGCUGCUCUUGUUAAUUUGCAGUUUCCGUUAAUCAAGGAAGGUUGUACAAAUGUAUUUUUUGAGUAGAAAAUUCUCAAGAGAGGCUCAAGUCAUGUUUUC